AUGAAAUUGAUCUUUGUAUUAAAUCUGUUAUUUCUGUGUAUAAAAAGGCUUGCAUUCAUUCUCAAUUAAACAUAACCAGUGAUCAUGAAGUUACAACUUGUACUCGCAUUCAUCACAAUAUCUGCUGUGCUCGGCUCGAUGGGCCCUUUCGACCCGGAAGAGAUGUUGUUCAUUUUCACGCGCUGCAUGGAAGACAACCUCAUAGACGGACCCACACGGCUAUCAAUGUUGGUUAAAUGGAAAGAGUGGACAGGUGAACCGGCAGAUAAUAUCGCAACCCACUGUUUUGGCAAAUGCAUCCUUGAAAGUACUGGCAUGUACGAUCCUACUGCGGAAAAGUUUGAUUCGAAUGUAAUUCUGGAGCAAUACAACGCCUAUCAAACAUUGGCAGAGAAGAACAAAGUUGAUGAAUACGCGAAUGCUGUUGAACAACUUCCUUCCACGAAGAACGAUUGUACUGCUGUUUUCAACGCAUAUGAUCCUGUGCACAAAGCACAUAAGGAUACCAGCAGAAACCUAUUUCAUGGGAACAAAGAUCUGACUAAAUCAAUCUACGAAGAGUUGGAAGGGCGAAUUCGUCAGAAGGACCAAUCCUAUUUCGAAUAUUGUGAGAACCGUUACUAUCCUGUUGGCUCUGAUCAGCGGCAGCAGCUUUGUAACAUCAGACAGUAUGUAGUUUUGGAUGAUGCUUUGUUCAAAGAGCAUACUGAUUGCAUAAUGAAAGGUGUUCGUUAUAUCACGAAAGACAACAAGCUGAAUCGCAACGAAAUAGAGCGAGAUUUCAAGCUUGUGGGCAAAGACACCGAAGCACUUGGAAAGAUUUUAGAUGCUUGCCAAUCCGACGAACCGAACGACGUGAAGGAAAUAUCAUGGCACUACUACAAAUGUCUGGUCGAAUCUUCGGUUGCGGACAAUUUCAAGGAGGCAUUCGAUUAUCGCGAGGUACGAACGCAAGAUUAUGCCUACAAUUUGGUGAAGAAGCAGUUGUACAGCAGACCAACGGUGCAAUCCCAGGUAAUGGAAAUUGACGGAAAACAGUGUCCAUCGUAAGGCUGGAUUUGGAAGCAAAAAUAUCAAGUAUGAUUGAUCACUGAUUAAAUUAAUAAAAAUUAGCACAACUAUAA